AUGAUAAAAAAGGAAUUAAAUAUAUACAAUAAACUCGAUAAUAUAUUAUUGGAUGUAUUAGAAAAUAUAGAUAGAGAACUUAAAAAUUUUGGUGAAAAAGUGAAUGAACGUGUAUUUAGAAAAUUUUACGAACUAUUUAAUAAGGAAAGUUAUAUAGAAAAAUUAAAUUAUAAUGAUUUAAUAAAAAGUUACAAAGAUAAAAACAUCCAUAAGUAUUUAUUUUAUAUGUUCGAAAGUUUACUUAACAAAAUUAUCUUAACAAAAAAUAUAAAUUAUGUAGAUUUUUUAUUCCUAAUUUUAAGAUAUAUUACAUAUUUGUGGGUCUUUUUAUCUAAAGACGAUAAAUUAGUUUUAAUAUUCUAUUAUUAUUUUAAGUUUGUUGAUUUAUUAAUUAGCUUAAAAUUCAUUAAAUGUUCUUUUUUAAUAAAUUUAUAUAAUAUUUUUAUUUAUUUUUGCAUUAAAGAUAAAAAAAGAAUUAUUUUUUCUACAAAAACUUUAAAUGAGAAAGAAGUAAGUGUUUAUAUAAAAGAAGUAAUAUUAGAGUUAAAUAAAAUUAUUAUAAAUGAAAACAUUAAUUUUAUAAAAAGCUUUGAAAAAGAAGAUUUUAUUGAUUUUCAAAAUAACGUAUUGGAAAAGAUUCAUAAAAUAAAUUCAACAAAAAUUGAAGAUGUAAGUAAUAUUAAUGAUUAUAAUUUAUAUAAUUACAUAUGGAUAUGCUAUUAUGAAGAUGAUAAUAGUCUGGGAGAAAAAAAAGGAGAUAAUGAGAAGCAACAGAAUAAAAAAAUAAAAAAUGAAAGUGAAAAAAAUUUCUCUUUAAUAUUAAAGCAUGAAAAUUGUAGAAAUACUAGAAAUAUUUUAGGUUUGAAUUUCUUUUCUAUUAAUAAUAGCUAUAAUAUGUUUUUGAACUUUAUUAAAAAUUUGUUUAAAAUAACAUUUUCUGAUUUUAAUAUGUUUUUUUUUUUUUUGAAUUUAUUAAAUUUGGAAUUAUUUUUUAUUUAUUUUCAUAUUUUUGAGAUAAUGUUUUAUAUAAAAACAGUAGAUAAUGAAAAGGAAGAAACAAAAAGAACAAAAAUAACACUACUUAGUAAUAGUACUAACAACUGUUCAUCUCCUAUAUUAACAGAAAAAAAUAAUAGAUUGAAAAAUAAAAUAGAUAAUAUUAGUGAAUGCAUUUUUUUAAAUAACAAAAAUAAGAAAAUAUUAUGGAGUUUUAUGUUUGAUGAAUUAAGAAAAAAAUUUGUAGCUGAUACUAAAAAUGUAAAUUAUACACUGAAAGUUUUAAAAUUCACUUUUAGUUUUUUUUUAUUUGAAGAAAAUUUUUAUUUAAAAAAUAAACAGAGUGAAAAUUACAUAAAAAAAAAGGAAUAUAAUUUUUCAUUUAUCUCACCAAUAUACUUAAGUGAAUUGUUAAAAUUUUGUUUAAGUUUUCUUUCUAAUUUAAUGAAUUCUAGAAAUCUAGAUGACGAAGUUAUUUUCAAAGCUACUUCUUAUUUAUUUUAUCUUUUGUCCAAAUUAAUAUGCAAUAUAAAUAAUAAUAUAAAAAGAUUUAUUUUAUUAAAUAAUGAUAAUAACUUAAGUUUUAUCUACAUUAUUUCUUAUAUUCAUAAGUAUUUUAAAAAACUUUAUAUUGAUAAGAACACAGAAGAAAUAUUACAAAGUAAAAAAUCAGAAAAUGGUUCCACUUAUAAAUUAAAAUAUUCUUUUAUAACAUUAGAAAGAUUAUAUAAGAAAAUUCAAGAAUGUUUAUAUAUUGUUUUAACGAUUGAUGAUUUCAUUGAAAAGCAUUUAAAAAAAUAUAUAGAUAUAAAUAAUAAUCCUUCUAAUAAUUAUGACUUAUAUGUUUGUGUAAUUAUUAAAAUAAAUAAAAUUAAUGUGUUUUAUUCUAAUUUAGAUAUCAUUAAAAUAUUGUCUGAAAAAGAUAAAAGUGUGUUUAGAAAAUAUAUAUAUACAAUAAAUAAAAAUCAUGAAAAUUUUAUUUCUAUGUUUUCCUCUAUAUUAAAUAUAGAUUAUAAAGAAAAUGAAAAUGAACUAAUUUUAAAAAAAUAUAUUUUAGAUUUAAAAAAAAAAAAAAAAUAUAAAAGUAAAAAGCUAAUAAAGUUAAUGAAACCUUAUCAUUCCCCAUUGAAGUACAUUAUUUUAAAAAAUGAAAUUAAUAAAAGUGAUACAAAAAGAAAUUCUUUAAAAAUGAACAAAAAAAAAACAAAUGAACAAUUAUAUAAUAAUUUAGAAAAAGAGAGUAACUACAAAGAAGUUAAUGACUCUAAUGAUGGAGAUAGCAUUACAGAUGAAAAUGAUUAUGAAAAUACAGAUGGAAAUGAUUAUGAAAAUACAGAUGAAAAUGAUGAUGAAAAUACAGAUGAAAAUGAUGAUGAAGAUACAGAUGAAAAUGAUAAUGAAGAUACAGAAGAAAAUGAUGAUAAUAAACGUGAUGCAUUUAAUUAUGAAAAUAAGGAAUAUUUAAAAAUGAAGAAAACGAAAAUGAAUACAGGGAAAAUAAAAAAAAAAGAUAUGCCUAUAUUCGAAAAUUCUAUUUUUUAUAUUAACAAAAACUUUAAAAAAGGAAAUAUUGAUUUAAAAAAUUUUUGUCAUAAUAUAAUUUUAUCUGUGAAAAGAUGUAUACUUAUUUCAGAGAGUAUCCUUAACUAUUUUAAAAAGAGUGAUGAAUAUGAAGUUCACUUUAAUAUUUUUAUUUGUAAAAAUAUAUUUGUUAAUUUUUUAAAAAUAUCUCUUUUAAAUAUUAGUUUUUUUUCUUAUAUAUGUUCCAAAUUAAAGUAUGAUGAUGUUUUAAAACAAAUUUAUGACUCAAAUUUAAUAAUAUUAGCUUAUAAUAUUUUUGAUAAAUAUGUUAGUUUUGUAAUGGAGCAAGAUAUUGAUAAAUUAAAUAAAUAUAAAAACAAUUUUAAUUUUUUUUUUAAAAACUUAAAUAAAAAAGAAAAAAUAUCCAAUAAAUCCAAUGAAAAAUCGUCUUUUUAUUGUCAUUUAUAUCUUGAUGAUAUAUAUGAAAUAUUAAGUGAUAAAGAACAUAAAAACAACUUUUUUUUAUCUGAUAAAAAUGAAUUUAUUGAAACAUUAUAUUUAAAUACUUUUUUAUUUAUUAUAAACAUUAUAUCUGUAUGGGAGAUUUACUUAGAAAUUCCUUUGGAAGUUCUAAACAAAAUGAAAUAUACUUUUUUUGAAUUAUUUUAUAAUACUACUAUUAAAAUUAUAAAAUUUAUUAAAAAAGAUAAAAGUUUCUUUUUUUUAUUAAAUAUUUUAAAAUUUAUUUAUACAAAAUUUAUUAGUUUGCCUUUUAAUCCAAUAAAUAUAAAUACAACAAUUAAAUUGUACGGUUUUUAUGAAUUUCUCAUUAAUGAUAACUAUAUUGAUAUAAAAAAGGAAGAUAAUUUUAAUAAUGAUAAUAAUGAUAAUAAUUAUUUAAAUUCUAUUAGUCCCAUAAAAUUCCUAAAUAAUAAUAUAGGUGAAACAAAUGACAGGAAUAAAGACAUGAGCAAUUUUAACAACGGUAAUGUAUUGAGUAUCAAUAAAAAAAAAAGAGUAAGCAUGGGAGGUUUAAUUCCUGUAUUUUUAAAUAAUGAAAAUGUAAAAAAAAGGAAAACAAAUAUUGAUUAUAUAUCUUAUAAUAUUUUAGACAAAGAACAUUUUUCAAAUUCUACAAGAAAAAAAGAUUUUAUAUGUAAUGAUGAUAUAUUAAAAAAUAUAAAAGAAAAUAGGAAUAUAAAAUAUAAUUUUGAUGAAAACGUAAAUGAAACACCAAAGUACAAUAAUAUAACAAAUUUAGCUUCAAAAGAUGAAGUAGAUGAAGAUAAUAAGAAUAAAGAUAUAAAUAAAUUUAGAAAUACAUAUUUGAGUAAUUAUUAUAUACCACACAUUGACUUAUUAUUUAUUAUUAUAGAUUUAGAAGUGUUUUAUUACUUUGAAAAAAAAAAUUAUAAAAAAAUAAUCGUCAUUGUUGAAAAUAUAUUGAAUAAAAUAAUAAGUAAAUGUGAUUAUAACACAAAAGAAUAUUUGAGAUCAUCUAUUUCUUACAUCUAUAACUAUUAUCAACAAAUAUAUAUUACUAAUAAUAAAAUAAAUAUUCAAAGUUGUACGGUUAUUAGGCAUAUAUUUAACCUUUAUGUCAAAUCUAAGGUGUUUUAUUUAAGCAAAAAGAUAAAAAAGUUUAUGCUUUAUUAUAAAAAUAAUUAUACAAAUAAUGAUUUAUUAAAAUCAAAUUAUAAUAAAAUAUAUAACAAUUUGUUAAAUGACAAUAAAUGGAAAUAUUUUUUUUAUUUUAAUAAAGUUGUAAGUAUUAAUCAAGAUAAAAAAAGAAAAGAAAAGAAGAAAAAAAUAAUAGACAAUUUAUUAGCCAUACAUAUUAACACUCUAUUAUUUCUUAUAUUUUAUGAAUAUUUAUCAAAAUAUAUAACUAAAAAUUUUAUAUUUUUUUUUAGAUUCUUACUUUUUUUGUUUAACAAAUUAUGUAUUGAUAUUUUAAAGUUGGUGAAUAAAUCGAAUCAUUUAGAAUUUUUCAAUAUUUUUGAUUUUAUAAAUAAUUAUAAUGAGGAACAGGGAGAAAUAAUGCAACAAUUAAAAAGGAAAUUAUGCAAUAACAAUAAAUUAAUGAAUGAAAAUGAGCUUAUUUAUCCAAAAGAAAAUAUUAAAAAAAUAAAAAAAAGUAUGAACAAGCAAGUUAUUAUAAUUGAUAUUGAAGAAUUAUUAGUUACCUAUAUUCAAAUAAAUUUUAUUUUUUGUAGAUCAUGUUGUUUUUUUAUUUUUUUUAAAAAUGUUUGUUCUCAAAAAUACGAAAUAAUUUUAAAAGAAAAUAUUACUCAUAAUUAUUUUGAAAAAUUUAAAAAUAAUAGGGAUUUCUUUGACUUUUUUGAUUUUAAAAAGGAGGAAAAAAAAAGUAAUGAAAAAAUUGAUGAUGAAAAUGUAAAAAAUGAAACAUUAGAGAAUAUGGAUGAUAUAACAGAUAAAAAAUUAAAUGAUUCUUAUGAUGAAAAUUCAAUUGAAAAAUAUGAAAAUGAUUCCAGUAGCUUAAAUGCAUCCCAAUCAAGUUUUACAUUAAUAGAGUAUACUGAUUAUUCUAAUAAUUUAGAUUAUGUCUUUUUAGAAUUUAUUUUAGAAAAAAUUGAAGAAAUGGAUGUAGAUUAUUAUUAUAAAAAUAUUUUAAAAAAUUGUUACUAUGUGAUAAAAAUAGAAACAUUUUAUAAUUAUAUCUACAAUAACACAGAAACAUUAAAGAGAUUCUUAUAUUUAAAUAAUGUUUAUUAUUUAUAUAAAUUAUAUUAUCACAUUUUUGUUUGGAAUAAUGAAUUAUGUCAGAAAAAAGACAUAAUAACGAAAACACAGAUUAACAAUAAUUUGUAUCCAAAUAACAAUAUAUAUAAUAAUAUAUUUGAUAUGUUUACUUUAAAUAAUAUUUUAAGAGAAAAAUUAAAUACAAAUUAUAUAAGACUAAGAGAUUAUGAUAAUUACUUUUUUGAUGCAAAUACUGAUCAUAUGAAUAGUCAAAAUUUACAAACCCAAUAUAAUAAUGAAGAUAUAAUAAAUAACGUUAAAAAUAAUAGUUUAUGUAAGUAUAAUAGCAGAGAAAAUGAUUAUUUUUUGUGUAAUAUAUAUAAUUUUAAGUUAAAAUUAUUUCAUCCUUUAAAUAUGGAAAAUAAUUUAAAUAAGGAAAAGAAAAACAUAUAUAAUAGCUUAUUAAUUAUUAAUAAAAAUUAUUUAAUAAAUUUAAAAGUAAAAUAUAAUAAAAUGAAAAAAUAUAUAAAUAACUAUAUGUUAUGCAUUUACUAUAUAGUACUAUUUUUUUAUUUCAAUGAAUAUAUAGAAAAAAAUAAAUUGUCCUUUUAUUAUAUAAUAUAUACCUUUCAAAAAGAAUAUGACAUAUUUAAUAUCAAUUUUUAUAAUAUUUCCUUCAACGAAAAAAGGAAAAGCAGGGAAAAAAAAAAUUUUUAUUCUUUCAAAAUAUAUGAACAAAAUGAUUUAAAGAGAAAUAUUUUUCUUAUCUUUGAAAUUUUAAAUAAUAUAUAUGAUAUAUAUUAUAACAACACAUUUGAAAAGGAGCAUUUAUUCAAUGAAGUUGUAUUAAAAAUUGAUAUAAAAAUAAUUGGUUAUUUAAGUGAAAUAUACAAAAUUGCAUUUCUGUAUAAAAUGUUUUAUCAUUGCAUACAUAUUUUAUUACUAUGCAUAAUUUUUACAUCUAAAUUUUGGUCUAUAUUCAUAUUUAAUGAAAAAUAUGAGUAUAAAAAUAUUUGCAAAAAUUUAAAUGAAAAUAAUAAAGAAAAGGAAAAUAAGAAGACAGAAAAAAACAGUGAUGAAGAAAGUAAAAUGGAUAAAAAUGAAGAAACAUACAAAAAUAGUGUAAACUCAAAAGAAAAAAAUAAAUAUGUUUUUAUUAAUGACAUAAAAAAUAAAAAAGAAAAAUAUAAAUUCAAUAAAAAAUAUAAACAAAGCAAACAAAGGAGAAUAUAUAUAUUAAAUAUAAUUUAUAAUAAAAUAACGUCGAAUGUAAAUGAAAAUAAUAUUAAAAAUAUAUAUAAUGAAUUACAUAAUUUUAUGCAAACGAUAAUAAUUUGUGUGUCUAUAUUUUAUUUGGCUUUUAUGUGUUUUGAAAAAGUAUGUAAGAAUAAAUUUAAUAUACUUUUUUUAAAUUGUGCUAAUAUUAUAUAUUAUUAUUAUUUAGACUUUUUUGAAUAUAUUCAGAAAUUUUGCGAAAAAUAUUGCGCAGAUAAAUUAUAUUUAUCCAAUUUUUUUUUUGAUACUUUUCAUUUAGAUCUAAUUAAUUUGAAAUUUCAAGCUCAUGUAAAAGCAAAAAUAUAUAAAAUGGAAUUAGAAAAGGAAAAAAAAAUAAAUAAUACGGUAAAUAAAAAAGUGAUUCGUAAAAAUAUAAAUGGUGACAAGCAUAGUAAGAAUAAGAUGAUCAUACAAGCAGAGGAUAAUCAUAAAAAAGUUAAUAAUAGUGAUAAUGAUGACAUUGAUGAAAAUAAUUUCAUAUAUUUAUAUAAUUAUUCAGAACAAAUUCAGUUAAAUUUUUCUUAUUUGUUUUAUUACAAUGAAAAGGUAUUUAAAGAAUGCAUUUAUAUUUUAAAGAAAAUAGAAAAAAAAUACGAAAAUGAUCAUAAAAGCUUUUUUAAAAAUAAUAUUUGCUUAUAUUUUAAUAUUAUUAAAUAUUUAUAUAAGAAAAAAACAAAAUAUUUAAGUCUUUUAUUAUUUGUUAACACCUACAUGAUUCCAAUAGUAACCUUUAUGAAAUUUACUAUGGUUAAAUAUUUUUCUUACUUUAAUAUAUCCUCUGAUUUUUUUUCUCUUAAAUUUGAACAUCCUUUAUAUGAAUUUGACAUUGAUAUGAUAACGAAAAUAAAAAAAACAGAUGAUGAAAAAGAAAACUUAAAGAUGAACAAUAAAGUUAUCCUUAUGAACUUGGAAAAUCUUUUUUGUAAUAUGUUUUUAAACAAAGACAUUUUUUAUUAUAUAAAAUUUAUAAAUUUAUAUUAUAAGAAAAUUUCUAAAAUCCUAUAUAAAGUAAAUAAUUUUCUUCUUAGUUAUUAUUAUUUAAAGAAAAAUAUUUUAUUUAUAUGCAAUUUAAUUUAUUUUCCUGAAAUUAUUCAUAAUUAUUUUUUAUUAACAAAUAUUAUUCUAACCUGCGGGAAAGAGAGAAUUGAGCUAUUAACUCAAGAAGAAAUAUUUUUUGAAAAUUUGAAUGAUGAUUUAGGUAUAUAUGAAAAAAAAAAAAUUGAAAAUAAUGAAGAAACAACAAAUAAGCAAAAAAUAAAAGACAUUGAUGAUUUUAAAAUUUAUGAAGAUGAAGAUUUUUUAAAUAUUAACUAUGAAGAAACUCCUCUCAAUACGUAUUUGACAAAAAGGCAUAUUUAUGAAUAUAAAAAUUUAUUAAAUAAAUUUUUUGAUUAUUUAAAUUUAAUAAUAAAAAAUAUUGAUGAUAUGAAUAUUUUGACCACUAAAUAUAAAAAGGAAAUUCUUUACAUAUAUUGUUUAAUUAUUUUUAAAAAAAAACAAUCACAUAAUUUUCACAGUAGUACAAAAAAUAUACAACAUAAAGAAGAAUCUCCUACCUGUGAAACAAAUAAAAAAAUAUGUAAAAAGAAUAAAAAUGUUACUCCAAAUUUUAAAUGUAAAAUUAAUUUACAUGAAAAGAUAGAAUCAGUAGACAAUAUGAUUUUAAAAGAUGAAAUAAAUUUAAAAAAUAAUAAUUUAAAUGAAACUAAUCAACAUACAAUAUUUGAUAUAAAAAAUGGAAAUUAUGAUAAAAUAAAUAAGUUUCAAAAUGAAAAAUGGACUGAUGAAAUAAAUUAUUUUGACAAAAGUUUUUUGACAUGUUUUAACAAUUGUAACAAAAAAAAAAAAAAAGUUUUUUUUAAUUUUUUUUUUGAAAAUCUGUUUCUUAUAAAUAAUGUAGACACAGAUAUAUUUAACAUUUCAAUAGACAAUGAAGAAGAAACCACUAAUAUUAUAAAAACACAUAUUCUAAAUGAUAUAAAUAACAUUAAAAUUAUAAAUUAUAAUAAUGAAUGGUGCAAAAAUAAUUUUAAGGCAAGUAGUGAAAAUUUAGAUGAAAAUGAGGCAAAUAAAAAGGCAAAUAUAAUAGAAAAUGAAUUUUAUGAUUUUAAUAAUUUGAAUUUAUGUAUAGGUACCUUUAAACUAAUUGAUAUUUCAGUUUUAAAUUAUUUAUAUUUAAAUUAUAAUUUUAAGGAUAAUUUAAUUUAUGUUAGAAAUUAUGUCAAUAAUAGAUUAUUUACUUAUAAUUUUAGAAGAAUGAAUUCCUAUUUUGUUAAAAUAUUAUUAUAUUAUAUAACUUUGUUAUUCUUAAACAUAAAAAAUAUAUUUUGCGAUGACUGCAUAUAUACUAUAAAAAAACAACAAUUUUUAAAUUCUUCAGCUAAUGAUUGUUCUCGUAAUAUUUUUUUUUUGUUAUUUUUUAAAAUUUUUAAUUUUUUUAAUUUUACUAAAGAAACUUUAAUUGAGAUAUGUUCUAAUUAUUUUCCAGGCAAUAAAUAUCAUAAAUAUUUGGAAAUUUUAUUAAAAAAUAAUGAACAAAAAGAUGAUACUAUCAAAAUUAAAAACAUUUUUAAUGAAAACAGUCUACAUAAGAGAAAUUCAGAAAAUGUAUCUAAUUACUUAUCUGAUUUUAAUGAAAAUACAUCUAAUGAUUAUGAUAAAACACUAUUUCUUAAUUUUGUUGAAAUUUUUUUAUUUCCUUCUAGAGAAUGUAGUUAUUUUGAAGUAUUAACUAUUUGUUAUGAAUUUUUAACAAAUAUUAAAGAAACAAAGAGUAAAGAUAUUAGGAAAAAAAAAAAAAAAAAAAUGUAUGAUAUUUUAAAAUAUAUUAUUAUAAAAGAAGAAAAUUAUAAAACAAAUUAUUAUUUUCAAACUAUUUUAAUAUAUUUAUCCUUAUUACUAUAUAAUACUUUGAAAAAAUCGUUUAUCUAUGAAAUGAGAAAAAUAGCUCAAUUUUUUUUAGACUUUGUUUUUUUUUUCAUAGAAAAUAUAAAAAAUAAUUUAAUUAUUUUACAAAUUAUAGAAUCUUAUGCAAAUAAUUUAUAUAAUUUUAAUGAAAAUAAGAAUAAUAAUACAUUUUUCAUUAAAAAAAAAAAAUAUUUUUACUUACUAAAAGUUUAUUUUAGAAAAUUAUUAUCUUUAUUUUAUUUAUAUACAGAUGAACUAAUACUAUAUACAAUUAAAAGUAACAUAGAUCAGGAAAUUAGUCAAAAAAAUUAUUAUAGAAAAAACUUUAACAAAAAUUUAAAUAUUGGCAUUAUUUGUAAUUAUGAAUAUAUAAAUCAAAUGGAUUUAAGUAAUUUAUGUUUUUAUUGGGAUUAUUCAAUAGUAUCAAUGAGUCAUGAUAGAAGCGAUUUAUAUAUUGCAAGAUGUAUUAAGAACUUUCUUCUAUUAUUAAUUAAACUAUUUAAAGAAAAUAAUAUAGAUAAAGAAAUCUCUUUAAGUAUUGAAAAUGAAGUAGAUAAAGAAAUCUUUUUAAAUGAAGAAGAGAAUUUAAAUAAAGAAAAUUGUUAUUAUUACUAUGAAAAAAUAUUUAAUUUUUUUAAUAUUCUAAAUAAUAAGCAAAUGCUAGAAAAGAUGUUCAAUGUUGAUGAUAUACAUUUGAUUAAAGAUAACAUAAUGGAUUCUUUAAAUGAUAACAAGCAUAAUUUGAAGGAUUCUAUCAAUGAUAAAAAAGUAUUUGAAGAUUCUGAUUAUAAUACUGAUUUUUAUAAAAAAAAUAUUUAUUUAAAUAAUGAAUCAUUACAUGAAGAAAAAGAAGAUUAUGAGAACAUUAUUAAAAAAAACAAAAUUUGUGAUUCAUCAUAUAUGUAUAGAGAAAACGAUGAGAAAAAAAGUGAAAGCAAUAUAGUACAUUAUAAUUUCAAUUUAGAAAAAAAUAUGAACAAAGAAAGAUUAAAUAAUAUGAAUGAAGAAAAUAUAUUUUUUCAUUUUAAUUCAAAGAUUAUAUAUGAUGAUAAAAAUAAAAUCAAAGAAAAAAGUGAAGCAAAUUUAGAUGUGCUAUAUUUUUUCUCAUCUUUGUAUAAAGACGCCAAUAAUUGUAUCAAUAAAAAGAAAUAUGAAUAUUUUCAUGUUGAUAAAAUACAUUUAAAUAUAGAAAAAUAUACUUACAAAGAAAAAUGGAAUUAUAUAAAAAAAUUAGAAAGAAUUUUAAAACAGUACCAGCAUAUGAUAAAAAUAAUGUGUGAAAUAUUACAUGAAUCAAAAAAUGUUGACAAAAAUAGAAGUAACUUAAAAAUGUUUAUAGAUUUAUGGUGGAAUAAUAGAUAUACGUUAGAACAACAUUUGAAAAUACUAAAUUUAGAUAUAUCUAAUAAUUUAGGUUUUUCUAUACAUAAAUUAAUAUCUAUUCCUUUAAUUAUCUUGAACACUAAAAAAAAAAAUUUCAUCAAUGAAAAUAAUAAUAAUUCAAAUGAUAUUUCAAAAAAAAAAUUUAUAACAAAUGAAGAAAAUGACAAAAAUGUAAAUACAUAUAUAUUCGAUACUAUAUCACCUGCUAAUAAUCAAAAAUAUUAUUUAAAAAGCAAUUUUGAUAUUUUUGUAGCUCUUUUUUAUUAUUCUAAUAUGUUAAAUAUUAUUUCAUGGAUAAACAAGUGGAAAAAUUUUUUUCUUUCAGUAAAAUAUUGGGACGAAUUAAAUUUUAUAAAUAUUCUUUUAAAUUUAACUGUUUUUUCUAUUGUUAUAAAAAAUUGUAAUGUUCAAAUUAUUCAAGUUAAGAAAAAGUAUUUGAAAUUUAAUUAUAAUAUAAAAAAAGAAAAUAAUAAUAAUAAUAAUAAUAAUAUGACAGUAAAAAAUAAUUCAUUAGAUAUAAAUAAAACAGCAACAUGUUAUUUACCUUUUUUUAAUAAAGAUAUUGAAACCAUAUUAACAUUAGAAAAGAAAAUUGAAAAGAAAAAAGGAAGAAGACACACUUAUUCUGAAAAUCUAAAUUUACAAGAAAAUAAUGAUCAAAUAGAUACGACUAAUAAAUCAAGUUAUGAAAUAAAAGAAAAACAAAAUAAUUUAAAUAAGAAUUAUACUAAUCCACUAGAGGAAGAUAAAAAUGAAACAAUAUCGAACAUUGAACAAUAUAGAAUUAUUACACCAGAAUUAAAAGAAAAUACUUAUUUGUGUGAUAUCGAUAAUAAUAUUAAGAAUAUUAGAAAAACUACUAAUGUAAUUAAUGACUUAAAUAAUUCAGAUAUAUAUGAUAAACAUGUUGAUAUAAGUGAAAAAAAGAAAAAAAAAAAAAAUGACAAAAGAUUAAAUUCAACAAUUUACGAAUAUUUGAGUCCAAUGAAAGUAGAUGAUUCAGGAAAUUCUAAAAAUAAGAAUGAUAAUGAUUUUUUGAAAAAUAAACGAAAAAGAGUUACGAUAGCAGGAACAUUAAAUCUGAAUGAAAUAAGGAAAGAUAGAGAGAAAAAAGAAAAUAAUUAUUUAAAAUAUUUAGAUUUAAAAAAAAUAUGUGAUAAAGGUAUAUUAAAAUGUUCAUUUUUAAAAUUAAGAAUGUAUUUAUAUAAUAUAUUAAUAGAUAUAUUUGAAAACAAUCAAAUUCAUCCAAAGGAGAUCUUUAAUAUCUUUAAUAAUAUUACUCACUCAUUUAUUACUGAUAUUAUAAAGUGCAAUAUAUUAGUAGAUGAAUCAGAUAAAGAAAAAUAUAUAUAUGUUAGGAAUAUAAAAAGUAAAAAUAUUAGAAAAAAUCCACUUAUUAUAUACAUACACAAUAAUUUAAAUAGACUUCCAUUUGAAAAUUUGGAGCCUUUAAAAGAUUCUUAUAUAGUCAGAGGAAUACAAAAAAGUGUAACAUCCUAUUUAUAUGAAAGGUUGUUAAGAAAAAUAAAAAAAGAAGAAGUUCAAAACAAUGAUAACUUAUUUUCAAAUAGUAAUGAUAGUGAAUUUACAGAUAAAAAAUGCAAAGAAGAUAAUGGAAGUGAUGAUUUUGAUAUGAAUGAAUAUAUAAAACAAGAAUAUUGUAAGAAAUGGAAAUUUCCUAUAUGUAAGGAUGGAGAGGAAGCAAAAUUUAUUUAUAGUUAUGAUUUAUGUGAUUCUAUAAAAUUCAAAGAAAAAAAAAGAGUUAUAGAAGCUAAUACAAAUGAAAACGACGUUAGUAAAAUCAAUAAUUUACAAUAUUUAAAAAAUAAAAAUAAUAGUAUUUCAAAAAAUAAAUCAAAUAUAUUUUAUAAACUACUAGAUUAUGAUGAGAAAAACAAUUCUAAAAAUAAUGAUACUAUUAAUCAUGAUAAUGAUAAUCACAUUAAAGUGGUAGAUGAUAAAAAUAAAUUCUACCAAUUAAAAACAGAUAAUCAAAAUUAUAAUCAUACACAAUUAACUCAUUAUAUGAUAUAUGAUAAUAAUGAAAAAAAACAGAAAAAAAAGAAUAAUAAAUUGAAUAUCCAUGAUACAUAUAAUGGUUCGAAAUAUUCAAGUAGCACUGAUUUAGAAAAUAAAAAAGAGCCAAAGAACAAUAAUAUAUAUAAUUUAAUAAUUACUAAUGAUGAAAAAGAAAAUAUUAAAGACAAAAAAGGAAUUUAUGAAAAAGAGAAAAAUGGUAAAAAAUCAAGGAAAAGUAUAUGUAUUGAAUACUCUUUUAUAAAUCCUUUUAAUAAUAAAAAUAAAAAAAAGUCAAACAAUUUGUCAUUCAAUGAAAGAGGAUUUAAUAAUGAAGAUAAAUUAAGUAAAAAAAAUGAAAAUUUUGUGUAUAAUAAUUUAAAAAAGGUUGAGAAACGUGAGUUGAGAGCACACAAUUUAAGAAGAAUUAGCUUAAAAAGUUCUUAUCCAUCUUCCUCAUCUUCAUCUUUAUCUUCCGUGGAGUUGAUUCAAAAAGAAGAUGAACUUCGUAAAAUAUUUAUGAAUGCUAGAAAAUCAAUGAAUAUUCACAAUAUAAUGAGUAUUUAUAAAAAAAACUCAUCUAAUUUUUGUAAUUUUGAAAAAAAAAAAAGAAAAAAAAGUGUUAGCGAAUCUGAGGCAUAUUUUGAUGAAGAAAAAAAAUUAAUAAAUCCUUUGAUAGAGUUGUGUAAAAAAGAAAAAAGAAGAAGUUACUCUACAGAUGUGGAGCAUCUUUCAAAACCAUCAAAAAUAAAAUAUAUAAAAUACAUUCCUUAUUAUAUUAGUAGUAAUAGAUUAAUUGAUCCUAAAAAGAGUAAAAUAUUUUUUGUAAUAAAUCCUAAUGGAGAUUUAAAAAGAACAGAGGAUGCAACAUAUCCAUUUAUUUAUUUUAAAAACAAAGAAAAAUAUAAGUACAAAAAUUGGAAUGGAUUUUUUGGUAAGAUUCCAUGUGAAAAUGUUUUAUUAAAACAUUUAUGCAACGAUGAUUUGUAUUUAUAUUGUGGUCACCAAGGUGGAGAGCAAUAUUUAAAGAAGGAAAAUGUUCAAAACGCAUUUUUAAGUUAUGAUAAAGAUUUAAAAAAGAAUAAAAAUAAGGAAAAAGGAGAUUUAAAGACAAUAAAGAACAAUGAAAUUGAAAUUUCAAAAUAUAAAAAAGAAAGAAAGUAUGAUUUCUUAUCAGAAAGUAAUAAUGAAAAGAGAAGAAAUUCAUGUAAAUUUGACAUAAAGAGAGCUAUUAUUGAAAAAAAAUCUAAAAGAAAAAGUUUAGGAAAUUUGGGUGAUAUCAGUAAUGUCAAUAACUUAUACUCAAAAAGUGAAAUAAGUGAUUCUAGUUUAAUUCUUAAUAAAAAUGAUGGAAUAAAUUGUUGUGUGUUUUUAAUUGGAUGUAGUUCAGGUUUAGUUUCUUCUCAUGGUUUUGAUUUAGAUGUUUGGGGAACUCCAUAUGAUUAUAUUGUUGGUGGAUGUAUUUUUAUUUUUGGUAAUUUAUGGAAUGUAACAGAUGGAGAAGUUGAUGGAUUUACACAAAAUUUUUUUUGGAAAUGGACCCAACCAAAUUCUUCCUCUUUAUUUCAUUCAAAUUAUAACUACAUAAAUAAUUAUAAUACGAAAAUGAAUAUAUUAAAAAUCAAUUUGAAUUCAUUUAUAAAUUUAUUGAAGAAAAAUGAUCAAAGAGAAAAAGAGGAUUUACAAAUUAAUAAUUUUGAAAAAAGUAAUUUACUAAUUGAUGUAGGUGAUAACUUUGUUACUAUAGAUAUAGAUACAUAUAUAUAUUUAAAAAAGAGUAAUUUUUUGUAUGAAUAUUUUAAGAAUUGUUAUGAUUGUGAAGUAAUUUUAAAUAAAAACCUUUUUAAAAUGAAUCAAAAUAAAAAAUAUGUCUGGUUAAGUAUGACUGAAGCAUUAGUGGAAGCUAGGCAAUUCUGUCGUCUACCUUACACAACGGGCUCAGCUGUUGUUAUAUAUGGAUUACCAUUAUAG